AUUGAGAAUAGUUUUUCCAUAAUCAUCGAAAAAGGCCAGCAAUGAAUGAAAGGCGAAUCCCGCAGAUGAAGUAAGCGGAGAGAGAAACUACCCUUCCAUCUCUCAAUCAAAACUCUCUCUCUAUAGAUAAAAAAAAUUCUCUCUCUUCAUGAUUUCAAGGCCUCUGCUCAGACUCAAACCUCUAAUUAUUUCAACUGUUACUUUUGAAGUCUCAAGAUAACAAAGAGGCUACGGUGUUGAUUGUUCAAUUAAAAGCUUAUGUUGCAGUUGAAUUGAGUGAUGGAAGACGACAUAUUUUCGAGCAUUGCAACUAGUGGACAGAUUGAGCCUAAGUUUCAUCAAAGAUUUCAGACAAAUUUUGUGCUGGUCCAGAACAUUUUGGACCAGAACAGGCUUUUGAUAAAUGAGAUCAACCAGAACCACGAGUCGAAGAUCCCGGACAAGUUGUCGCGCAAUGUGGGACUGAUCCGGGAGCUCAACAACAACAUUAGAAGAGUGGUUGACCUGUACGGCCAUCUCUCCGACUCUGCCAGAUCAAUGGAGACCUUGUCUGAAGGGGAGUCAGCCGGGACAACUAAGUCCGAUGGGAGAGGCGGGCUAAAGAGAGUUAGGUCUGGCAAUUGAUCGUAUUCCGGGUUGCUUUGAUCCCAUCAAAGUGGCUUCAUUAUGGUGACAUUCCUUGGCCUUGAUCUUGCUGAUGUGCUCUUCGUGCAUUAGGAAUAGUGCACGCAGCUCUCGUUGUAGCUUACAAACCUAUUCUGACUGAAGCAAUGUAGUCAAUACACGAGAUUCAGGUCUUGCUAUUGUUGUAUCUGAGGUUGUUUGAUCCAUGGAAAGGUACAAAAUUUAUAAUCAUUGUAUCACAAUUUCUUGUAACAUUUUCUUGACAUUAAUCUUCAUAACAAUCAUUUAUUGUAUUAGAAUAGUCGAUAAGGCUCACUUUGUUGACUGCUCUUCAUAGCAGUUGCUUGCAGACAAUGAAAAGGUUUAGAGUUAUCAUCAGUCAUCA